CACACCAUACGAUGCAAACAGUUUCAUUUAACUUUCAACCAUGCUCGCUAUUUGCGCAAAAUAGACUACAUGCGAAGCCGAUACAGCUAAGGUUAAAAACAAAUAUCACGGUGAACCAGACAGAUCCUUAUAUGUCCCAGGCCCUUAUAAACAUUCGCUCACACUUGCAAAUUCAGACUCUUUGUUCUAGACAUAUCUUUAAAUCUGGAAAUGAUUCUAGAUUGAAUCCAGUGGCACAUGGACUUAUGAGUAUGAGGUCAUUUUCAUCAAAGAGGAAAAACUUCAAGUUUAGAGUAACAUCAGAAAAAGUUUCUGACAGUGAAGUUAUUGGAGGUAAGCAGACUGGGUAUGGCGACCCUACAGUGAGGGUGCAUCGUGGGUCAGGGGAGAGGGAUAAAGCAACUGUAUGCAAUGCUAUCAAUGGGCAUGUAAAUGCUUCAGUUUCACACCCUAACCAUUCUAGGGGAAAAGGCAUGACCAAAACUAGUACAUCUGUUAGUGCUCCGGGUAAAGAUGCAGAUAGCAAAAGGAAAGAAAAUGAAGAUCGCUCAGGCAAUAAAGAAGCAACAACCAAUAUUAAUGUCCGGAAUGCUAAAACUCUGGUAAGAAGGGAUUGGAAGUCUGGAAAUAAGAAACAAGCAGGAAAGGAGUCUGUACAAAAUAGUUUGAGUGAUGAAGCAGCUAAGAGCAACGAUAAGGUUAAAAGUGCGAAGUCUCCGAUAAAAAUGAAUCAGGAGCUUGGGGAUAACAAACAUGAGGCAGAGCUUUCUGACAGUUCUGCUGCUGCAUUGUUGAUGAGGGGUUCAGAGGAAACGUCAAAAGAGAACUCAAUAAAUGCUAGCGGUACAUCUGAGCUAGACGAAAGCAACAGUACCAAUUCUUCCUCUGGAGGCUCCGAAAUUUCAGAGAAAAUUAGACCUCUCUAUCCACCAUCUGGUAAGUCGGUAGUGGUUGUGGAGUCAGUAACAAAAGCCAGAGUCAUCCAGAGUUAUCUAGGAAACAUGUAUGAGGUACUUCCUAGUCACGGUCAUCUGAGGGACUUGGCUGGGAGAUCAGGAUCUGUACGGCCUGAUGACGACUUCAGCAUGGUGUGGGAGGUACCUUCUAGUGCGUGGACACAUCUGAAGAGCAUUAAGGUGGCACUAAAUGGAGCUGAAAAUUUAAUCCUAGCAUCAGAUUCGGACUGCGAAGGAGAAGCAAUUGCUUGGCAUAUUACAGAGAUGUUGCAGCAACAAGAUGCCUUGAGGAAAAACAUUACUGUGGCAAGAGUCGUCUUUCAUGAAAUUACGGAGUCUUCAAUAAAAAGUGCUUUACAGGCUCCUAGGGAGAUUGACAAAAACUUGGUCAAUGCUUAUCUUGCACGCCGAGCACUUGAUUAUUUGAUUGGAUUCAACAUAUCACCCCUACUUUGGAAAAAGUUACCUGGCUGCCAGUCAGCUGGACGAGUUCAGUCUGCUGCUUUGGCUCUCAUAUGUGAUAGGGAGUUGGAGAUAGAAAAAUUUAAGAAGAAAGAAUACUGGACCAUUGGAGUAGAAUUUCAUAAUACGUGUUUGGAUUCACUCAGGAGAAAAGCUUCAAUUUUUUCACAUUUGACACAUUUCAACUCCCAAAAGUUGGAUCGCAUGUCUAUAGGCUCUCGCGCAGAGGCAGAAGAAAUUGAAAAGCGGCUUUCUUCCUCAAAUUUUGAAGUGCUUGCCACAAGAAUAAGCAGAGUUGUGAAAAAUCCACCCAUGCCAUACAUAAAUCAGUUGCAUUUUACAGCUUGCUAUACAAUGAAGGUUGCUCAGGGGUUAUAUGAGGGGAUUAAACUUUCAAAUGGGGAGGCGACAGGGUUGAUAACAUACAUGAGAACUGAUGGUGUGCAUAUUUCUGAUGAGGCUGCAGAGAAUAUCAAUUCCUUUGUUAAAGAAAGGUAUGGUGAGAGAUUUGCACCCAAAAGCAUUCGUAAAUACUUCAGGAAGGUAAAGAAUGAUCAAGAAGUGCAUGAAGCAAUAAGGCCCACAGAUAUAAGGAGGUUGCCGAAAAUAUUUAUGGGACUACUUGAUGAUGAUUCUCUAAAGCUCUAUACCCUUAUAUGGACAAGAACGAUGGCAUGUCAAAUGGAACCAGCCACAAUUAAUACGAUUCAAGUUGAUAUCGGGAAUAUGGAAGGAGACAUGGCUUUUCGGUCAGUAGCAUCUAGAAUUGCAUUUCCUGGAUAUCGAGAAGUCUAUAAGGACAGUAAAGCUGCUAGCGCUGCAAGUGAAGUCAAGGAAGUGGAAGCUAAUGAGUCAUCUUUUAAGGUUCUCUCCGAUCUACAGGUUAAGGAUCCAUUAUUUUUAGUUAAUGUGGACCUCCGAGAAAAUUAUACUAAACCACCAGCACAUUAUUCUGAGGGAACAUUGCUAAAAAAGUUGGAAGAUCUGGGAAUUGGAAGACCAUCAACUUAUGCAUCCAUUAUGAAAGUUCUGCAGGACAGGAACUACGUAACAACGAAAAAUCAAGAAUUGCAUCCUGAAUUUCGUGGGCGCAUGGUGUCAGUAUUUCUUCAUCAUCUUUUCUCUGAGGUUUCUGAUUAUAGCUUCACUGCAGAUAUGGAGAGUGAGCUAGAUAAUGUUUCUGCCGGGAGAACUGAAUGGAGGGGUCUUCUAAAAGAUUACUGGUCACGAUUUAGCAAGCAUUGUGAUCUUGCAAGUAAUACUGAUAUUCGUAAGGUAGAGAAAAUGUUGGAGAAAACAUUCAGUCACUUCUUGUUCCCUUCGGCAGACAGUGAAAGCCGGGUAUGCCCAAGUUGUUCGAUUGGCACUUUGAAAUUUAAAGUCAUAGGAUCUGACUAUUUUAUUGGAUGCGAUCGAAAUCCUAAAUGCAAGUACACAGCAUGCACAAUAUAUGCUGAAGAGGAUGAAGAUGUUCCUUCUGAGAAGCUAGAGAAGUCCUUUCCGCCAAAGUUCCUAGGAUGCAAGCCUGGUUCUGAUGAAAAGAUUUUGUUGAAGAAUGGUCCAUAUGGAUAUUAUGUCCAACUGGGGGAAGAUAAGAAAGGUUUUACACCCAAAAGAGCUUCUGUUUCUGAGGUGAAAGAUCUGGAAUCUAUUACGUUAGAUGAUGCUAUUGAGCUUCUACAAUAUCCUAUUAGCUUGGGUAAUCAUCCAGAUGAUGAACAUCCUGUUUUUUUGAAACAUUCAAAAUUUGGAUUUUCAAUUAAACAUCGACGAACUAUUGCCCCAGUCCCAAAGAAUAUGAACCCGAAAAAGAUCACACUGGCGACUGGACUGAAGCUUCUUUUGAGUAAAAACGCCAAAAAGAGUGGUCGUCCCAAAAGUAAACCAAAGCCUGCUGAGGAAGACUCAUGGGAUUAAGUCUGUCAAAAUCAAACAGAAAGGUCUCUAUUACCCUUGGAGCAGGGAAGAAAAGUUAAAUCAUCGGUAUUAUAGAGGUUUGUACAGUUAAUUUUCCAUGUAUGUUACUCACUCUUUAGCGAAUGAGCAUGUGUACAGAUUUUAUCUUCUUUUUUCUCCUUUUUCUAGUAAUUAUUCAGACUUGUUCUGCGUUUGAGCAAAUUUUGUUCUUGCUAGGGAACAAAUGUGGCACAAAUUAUUUUUCAUCUGAGCUGUAUAUAAUGCUUUUUUUAGAUUGAACGGCAG